AUGAAAGAUCUAGGGAACCUCAGGUUUUUCCUUGGGAUUGAGUUUGCUAGAUCACAAGAUGGAAUUGUAAUGCAUCAGAGGAAAUAUACAUUGGAGAUCAUAUCUGAGGCAGGUCUUAGUGCUGCAAAACCAGCUGCUACUCCACUGGAUCCUUAUGUGCUGUUAACAACUAGAGAAUAUGAUGAACUAAAUGGAACAAACAAAGAUGAUAAAUUGUUGACAGAGCCAACAGUGUACAGAAGUACAAAGAGCAAAGAACUUCAAGUUUACUGUGACUCAGACGUAGUUGCUUACAUACAAGGAGUGGCUGAAGUUGUGUGGUUAGUGAAACUAUUCAAAGAGCUUGGAGCUGAAGUACACACUCCAAUAACUAUAUACAGUGACAGCAAGUCAGCUAUUCAAAUAGCUGCUAAUCCUGUUUUUGAUUGA